AAAAAAAAAAGAAAAAAGAAAAAGGUCUUCCGGUCUCUGUGUCCACGACAGGCUCCGCAUCUCUCUGCCGUGCUGCGAGGUAGAGCUCUUCUUCUUCUUCUUCUUCUUCUUCUUCUUCUUCUAGGGUUUUCUCUAUCAGAACUUUGGGUCUUUUGACAUUCCUUUCUGCAAGGGAAUGUAAAAAGGUUAUAGCAGUAUGAGCAACGAGGCAUUUGAUGGACAGUCAUUAGCUGAGAAGUUAUCAAAGCUUAACAAUUCACAGCAAAGCAUUGAAUCACUGUCUAAAUGGUGCGUUUCUCAUCGAAAGAGAGCUAAGCAGAUAGUUGAAACAUGGGAAAAAUGCUUCAACUCUUCCCAGAGAGAGAAGCGCAUUUCUUUGCUAUACUUGGCCAAUGAUAUCUUACAAAAUAGUAGAAGAAAGGGAAGUGAGUUUGUGAAUGAAUUCUGGAAGGUUCUUCCAGCAGCUCUCAAGCAUGUUUAUGAAAAUGGUGAUGAACACGGAAAAAAAGUGGCAACCAGACUGGUUGACAUUUGGGAAGAAAGAAAGGUUUUUGGUUCCAGAGGGCAGAGUCUUAAAGAUGAAAUGCUGGCUAAAAAUCCUCCUGCUCUGUCUGCCCUCCAAGUUGUAAAGAGCUCAAAUCCUAUCAAAAUAGUGAAGAGGGAUGCACACUCUUUAAGAAUUAAAUUGGCUGUUGGAGGUCCUCCAGAAAAAAUAAUUACUGCAUUUCAGUCUGUCCUUGAUGAAUAUCACAAUGAGGAAGCUGCUUUAAAUAAGUGUAGCACAGCUCUACAAAAUGUGAGAAAAAUUGAAGAUGUUGAAAACACGUCGAUUCAAGGAAAUCAGCUGGGAUCUGGAUUUCUGGAUGAGCAACAAGAACAUGAAAGCAUACUUAAUCAGUGUAUUGGGCAACUUGAAAGUGCCGAGGCAACUAGGCUUUCAUUGGUUUCGCAGCUCAAAGAAGCACUUCAAGACCAAGAAUUAAAGCUGGAUAACAUUCGCACACAGUUGCAAGUUGCUCGGCUCUACAUUGAACAAGCAAGUAAUGUCAGAAAGAGAUUUACAUUGUCUCCUGCUCCUAGUGCAAGCAACGCAAUUAACCCAACAACAGAAACUACAAAGGCCGUUGAGCAGAAUCAGCCUGUGGUUCCACCAAGCAGUACCCAGUCUCAGGCUCUUGCGCAGCCAGUGGCUUCUUUUGCACCUGUAAAAACUACUGAUGAAGAGAGCAAAAAAGCAGCAGCAGCUGCUGUUGCUGCUAGGCUUGCUGCCUCUACGUCUUCUGCACAGAUGCUAACCUCUGUGCUGUCAUCCCUUGUUGCUGAAGAAGCUGCUUCCAUGAAUGGCGGUUUGACAUCAGCUGGGUUAACAUCGGGGUUACCCAUGUUCUCUCCAGAAAAACGACAGAAGCUUGAGAAGUCAAUGCCUUCAUCUGACGUCGGCAAUUCCGAUGUUGGCAGUGCAGGUUAUUUUACUUUAUCACAGCAAUCGAUAUCCACUGUAGCACUUGCACCAUUAACAGGAUUGCAAUCAAUGCCUCAAGGAAGUCAGAUGCAAUCUACUUUUGCCCAGCCUCUGCCGCCACCUCCCCCGCCCCUUCAAUCUCCAACAACUCCAUCAAAUCAGUAUGUUCAAUCCCCCGGUCUUAUGGCAGGUGUAAUGCCUUUCGGUUAUGGAUCAAAUACUCGUCCUCCCCCACCCCUACUGCCACCACAUUUUGCAAUGGGAUUGGCGAGACCCAAUCAUCAGCAGCAACAGCAGUCGCAGCUUCAGCUUUCACCACAGCAGCAACAACAGCCACAACUACAACCUGCCAAUGGAGGAUUUUACAGACCGCCAGGGAUAGGAUUCUACGGGCAAAACCACCAGCCGGCAACACCACCAGUUCAUCGGCAGUGAGUUCUGCAUAAGAAAAAUCGCUGCGCGAAAAUCUGCCCCAACACCUAUGGCUAUUUGAUGUGGGUCAGAGCGCCAGCAAAGAUGGUUACCACCUUGGCGGUGAGUACUCCGUGGGAGGGAUUGUAAGCACAUUGUCUUUUUGUAAAUUAGUAGGACAUUGUGACUAGAAAAUCUCUCCCCAUCGGUAAAGAAGUUACUUGGCAGCUGUAUUUUAAUUUUAAAUGUUUUAAGCGUCUUUGGAAUGCACUAUGCUUAGUCUACAUUACCGUUGCAUUCUGCACAGAAUGACUGGUGGGCAUACUGAUGUGAGGUUUAGAAUUGUUGCAUAUGCUGGUCUUAUCAGCUGACUUAGGAAGCUUUCUUCCAAAUUUAUGCUAAUGUUCAGAAAAUAAUUCCUCCCAUCUAUAUUCUUGGAGGCAAGCUUCAGGGGAUUUGUGGACUUCACUUUGCAAGUAGGGCACUUUUAUGUCUUCAUAACCAUCUGACGGUUGAAAUUCAACUACUAGUAAGAAAAUGUUGUUGUUCCUAUGUGCAA